CAGCUAACUUUUUAAAUUUUUUUUAGUUAACCAGUGACUUCAUUCAACAACUGCAGAGCAAGAUCAGUGAAUUAUUGCAGCAGAUGGAAAAUGGGUUGAUAAAGGGCGAUGAAACAGACUGCACCAGCUACACUGGAUGGGCAGGGAUUGCUUUACUUUAUCUGCAUCUACACAAUAUUUAUGGAGAUCAGUCCUUCCUGCAGAAAGCUCUACAGUACAUCAAUAAGAGUCUGAAAUGUCUCACUGGGCGUGUAGUCACUUUCCUGUGUGGUGAUGCAGGCCCGCUGGCUAUAGCUGCAGUCGUGCAUCAUAAGCUGCAGCGAACUCAAGAAUCAGACACUUAUAUCAAUCAGCUUCUCCAACUACAUCAAUCUGUAGUGAAGCUGAAUUCAAGACUGCCAGAUGAAAUGCUCUAUGGGCGGAUGGGCUAUCUAUAUGCAUUAUCAUUUGUUAAUGAUCAGUUUGGUACUGAAAAGAUAUCAUUGCAGUACAUGAAACAGAUUUGUGAUGCAGUCAUAAGUUCUGGUGAAAAGUUAAGCAGCAGAAAACGUGUCUCCAAAAGUCCAUUGAUGUAUGAGUGGUACCAGGAGUAUUACGUUGGAGCAGCUCAUGGCUUAGCUGGAAUCUAUUAUUUCCUGAUGCAGCCAGAACUUGGAGUUGACCAAGACACAGUUGUCAAGCUGGUGAAACCCAGUGUGGACUACGUUUGCCAGCUCAAGUUUUCAUCAGGAAAUUAUCCUCCAUGUAUUGGUGAAUCCAGGGAUAACCUAGUUCACUGGUGUCAUGGGUCACCUGGCGUGAUUUACAUGCUCAUACAGGCUUAUAAGAUUUUCAAAGAAGAACGAUAUCUACAAGAUGCUUAUGAUUGCGCAGAAGUGAUUUGGCACAGAGGGCUGUUAAAGAAAGGAUAUGGACUGUGCCAUGGACCUGCUGGCAAUGCUUAUGGAUUCCUGGCUAUGUACAAUCUUACUGGAGACAAGAAGUAUUUGUACAGAGCUUGCAAGUUUGCAGAAUGGUGUUUUGAUUAUGGAAAACAUGGCUGUAGAACACCAGAUAGUCCCUUUUCUCUCUUUGAAGGGAUGGCAGGAACUAUUUACUUCCUUGCUGACUUGCUGCAGCCCAGAAAGGCAAAGUUCCCUGCGUUUGAGGUGUGAUUCAACCAUGGUAUCAAUGCACAUUGUCAGAUGUGAUGCCCUCGCUUUCUCCAGUAAAACAACUAAUGCAUGUUUCUGUUAUGAACCAAGGACACAGACAAAAAUGCUGAUGCACAGGUUGUUUGUGAUGAGUAGCUUCACUCUACCUAGUACUCUACUCUUUAAGUGCUCCAGUCCAGUAACUGAAGGCUUCUUUUGCAUGACUUAAAUAUUGCAGCUUUGUAAAAGGAAUAUCUGUGAAAAAAUGGUUUCUGUACUCUCAGCACACAAUAUCUUGGGAUGUAUUAUUGCAGUGUAAGCCCAGUGCAGAGCUUUUAUUCUAAAAUCAUACUUGUGCAACUACGUAUGCCAGGACCAUAUGAAGUCUGUUUGGCUAGCAAAUGUGUGAUGGUGAGUAGCUGCUGUUUGAACAGUCCUGGCAGUGGUCCACAUUUUUCCAAAGCAGCAAUGUUAAUUAACUGGUUUGUUUGAAAGAAAAGCUUGCACUGGCCGUGCCUUUGCCCUGGCUUUGUCAGCAAUCGGUCUUUCCCUGUCUUCAAGGCUGACACUUUUCUGAAUGACUGGCUAAUAGCACAGGGUGUUGUGAAAGAGCUAGUAGUAUAGAGCACACAAACAUUUAUUUUCCAAAAUAUACUCAAUAUGAAGAAGUAUUAUGAAUUGCUCACUACUUUAAUUCAUUCAGUUCUGCACACAUUUUUCGAAAUGUUUUCUGGGGUUAUAGUAAGUUUCUAUUUUAUCUUAAAAUUGACAUUGAAAAUAUGCCAGGUAACUGAAAUCCUCUUCUGUUUGUAGUGAAUUAAUGUUCUUGUUCAUCCUCUUCUUUUCAUUAAUCCAAUGGAAUUUAUCCUUCUAUAAAUAUACUUGUUCAAUUGUGAUUCUUGUUUGGUGGUGUUUAGAUGCUGGUAUUUUUGCUUGCUUUGUCAAGCAAUUAAAAGAAUACCGUAAAGCUUGCAGCUUGCCAGACUUCAGUAACAACUGAGUGUUUAACUAUAUCACUUAGAAAUGUGUUUGCUGGUCUGUAAUCUGUGUAAACUGGUACUGCAUUUUCAGCAAGACCUAUUACCUGUGCACAGAAAUAAAAAUGUUUCUGUUGAAUGCAA